CGUGAAUGUUACAGAUUCAGGGCCAAAUGGGUAAAGUGGCGUAGAAAUGAAGUGAACCAAAGCGUUUUCAAUAGCUUCUCACCGUCUAGUGCCUUCCCAGAAAAGGUGCAAAAAGAGAGGUACCCGCCACGAGGUAGUAAGCGAAGAAACGGUAGCUCCCGUCUAACAGUCUGCUGCGCGCGCUGCAUUAUGGCGUCACAGAGGCCGAGCCCCGUGCCAGAUUCCGGAUCUCUGGAACAAGCGGGCUGGCCCUCGUCGGCCGCCAUCCUCCUCUGCGCUUCUGAGGGUCUGUCAGCCGCUGAGGUGAGACUCGGGGGCGGUAGACGCUGAGCAAAGUGUUUGAGGAAGUGGCACGGUGAUUGGUCUCCAGCGAUGAAGAUCGGGGUUAUCACUAGGUCGGUGUCGGUUCUGGGAGUGUUUCGAGGCCACGGAGAGCGCGUUGGGUUUUGUUUGUUUUUUGUCCGGAGCGCGUGAGGCGUCGGUGUUGGGGAAGCGAGUGGGAAUUCUCCCUGGGGGUUGCUGUGUGGGAGGAUCAUUUGGGGGUUCCCUGUGCAGGGGGAGCGUGUGAGACUCCGUUUUGGGACGAGAACGUGGGGAGAGUAGCGUUUUGGGGUGUCUGGUUGAGGGAAGCGGGAGUCGUGUCGGUGUUGGGGAGCUCGGUUGUUGAUGCUGUCACAUCCUGACUUUUAAACAUGGAGUUUUGGGCCUAUUGCGCCCACGUUUACUCUAUAUUCUUACUGAAAAGGUGUUUUCAGUUUUAUUUCCGACCCAUGUAAUGACAUGGUCAAACUCCUAAGUCCAGAAAAUAACUCUGGUUAGAUUUUAGAGUAUUUCAAUUUUAGUGUUGGGAUGAUUUGUGUAGGUACUGAUAUAAUUUUAUACAUUGUGAAUCUAAUAUCCUAUCAGCUGUUUCUAUAUUACUAUUUGGAACUUUUUGUCUUUCUUCCCUUUUUUUUAAGAUUUUAUUUAUUCAUUCAUGAAAGAGAGAGAGGGGCAGGCAGAGACACAGGCAGAGGGAGAAGCAGGCUCCAUGCAGGGAGCCCGAUGUGGGACUCAAUCCUGGGACUCCAGGAUCUCGUCCUGGGCUGAAGGCGGCGCCAAACCUCUGAGCCACCCGGGCUGCCCUCUUUUCUUUUUUUAACUAUUGAAGUUAUGUACCAUCGCGUGGGUGACUUAAUUUGGGUAAAACUGGGGAAGCCUGGGUAGCUCAGUGUCUGCCUUCGGCUCAGGGCGUGAUCCCUGGGUCCUGGGAUGAGUCCCACAUGGGCCUCCCUGGAGGAAGCCUGCUUCUCCCUCUGCCUAUGUCUCUGCCUCUCUCUCUGUGUCUCUCAUGAAUAAAUAAAUAAAAUCUUUAAUGAUGAUAAUUUGGGUAAAACUGAUGUAGGUCUAGGUCCAAUACUUUCAGGAAUAUGUGAUGGAUUUCCUUUAACCCAAGCGUUUUUGUUUCCUUGGCCAGCGGUGGUGGUGAUUUUCCACUGUUUUAGACAUACCUGUUUAUGUUUAUUCCUAAAUGGUCUAUAUUGUUUUAAUCGUAAAUGGUGUGAGUUUUUCAUUUAUGAUGCCACUCCCUCUUUUUGUUUCUUCUCAUAUAAUGCAAAAAUUUUAUUCAUACAAAAGCAAAUAUUUUAAAAAUACACUAUUUUUGUCACCUCAGUCUACUAAUGUUACUGCUACUAGCUUAUACCUUGAUUCCUUUAUAUUUUCUAGUUGAUUAUUUUUGUUAUCUGCAAAUAAUUAUGGCCAGGUGGCAAGUGUAUGAACUGUGGAGUAAGAAGAAUCUGCUUCUGCUUCUGACUUGGGUUCUAGGAUACGGGAACAAGACGUUUUCAGUACUGGAAGAAGGAGAAGGUCCCAGGUUUAGGAGAUCAUCAUUUCUGGCAGCAGCCUGACCUGAGAUAUCUGACCAUAACCUCCAGGCAGGCCCAGAGCAGACAGAAGACAGAGCAUAUCCUGGAUUGCUAGCCCUUUCUUUAGAACAGGAAAAUGACCAAUGUGCAGGCAUCAUUAUUAUUUGAGGAUGUGGCUGUGAGCUUCUCCUGGGAGGAGUGGCAGUUACUGACUCUGUCUCAGAAGGACCUGUACUGGGACGUGAUGUUGGAGAACUACAAUAACCUGGUGUCCCUGGGUUAUCAAGCCAGCAAACAAGAUUCACUCUUUCAGUUGGAACAAGGAGGACUGCCAUGGACAGUAGAGGGAGUAGCUCAUAGUCAAACCUGUUCAGGCUCUCCAGCUACCAAGCCAGAAAUGAUCCUUAAUUUCAAGCAGGGAGAAGAGCCAUGGAGCAUAGAAGAUGAAAUGCAUUGUCAGUGCUUUUCAGGUAAGAAACCAUGUGGAUCCAAUGAAUGUGCAGUGAAUGCUUAUGAACCGCUCAUGACCAUGUGUCAGAGAACUCAUGCAGGAAAGAAAUCCCAUGAAUGCUGUAACUGUAGGACAGCCUUUCCCAGCAAGUUAAAGGUAACUAUUCAUCAACAGACUCACACAGGAGAGAGACCAUUUGGAUGCAAUCAAUGUCAAAAACCCUUCAUUACAAAGUCAGCACUCAUCUGUCAUCAGAAAACUCAUCAUAGAGAAGGGAAGUCCUAUGCAUGCAGUAAAUGUGGGAAAGCUUUUCCUUGGAAGUCAAAACUCACUUUACAUCAGAGAAUUCAUUCGGGAGAGAGACCUUUCAGAUGCAGAAUAUGUGAUAAAGCCUUCAUGGUUCAGACACAUCUGACUGCACAUCAGAGAACUCACACAGGAGAGAAACCAUAUGAAUGCUCAGAUUGUGAGAAAGCCUUCUCAAAAAAGGCCCAGCUCAUGAUUCAUCAGCGAAUUCAUACAGGAGAGAGACCAUAUGGAUGCAGUCAAUGUCAAAAAGCAUUCAUUACAAAGUCAGCACUCAUCUAUCAUCAGAAAACUCGUCAUAGAGAAGGGAAGUCCUAUGGAUGCAGUAAAUGUGGGAAAGCUUUUCCUUGGAAGUCAAAACUCAUUUUACAUCAGAGAACUCAUUCGGGAGAGAGACCUUUCAGAUGCAGAAUAUGUGAUAAAGCCUUCAUGGUUCAGACACAUCUCACUGUGCAUCAGAGAACUCACACAGGAGAGAAACCAUAUGAAUGCUCGGAUUGUGAGAAAGCCUUCUCAAAAAAGGCCCAGCUCAUGAUUCAUCAGCGAAUUCAUACAGGAGAGAGACCAUACGGAUGCAGUCAGUGUCAACAAGCCUUCAUCCAGAAGUCAGAUCUCACUAAUCAUAAGAAAACUCAGCAUGCAGUAGGGAAAUCUCAUGGAUGCAGUGAAUGUGGGAAGAUUUUGUCCUCUAAAUCCACUCUCAUUAUACAUCAGAGAACCCAUACAGGUGAGAAGCCCUUCAAAUGCAGUGUCUGUGACAAAGCUUUCACAUCAAAGGCACAUCUUAUUGUCCAUCGAAGAAUUCAUACAGGAGAGAAGCCCUAUGAAUGUUUGGACUGUGAGAAAGCCUUCUCCACUAAGGCACAUCUUAUGAUUCAUCAGAGAAUUCACACAGGAGAGAGACCAUAUGGAUGCAACGAAUGCCAACAGGCUUUCAUCCAGAAGUCAGGUCUCACUAACCAUUUGCAAAAUUGUCACUCAAGAGUGAAAUCUCAUGGAUGCAGUGAAUGUGGAAAGGUUUUGUCCUGUAAGUCAACUCUCAUUAUACACCAGAGAACCCAUACAGGUGAGAAGCCUUUCAAAUGUAGUAUAUGUGAUAAAGCCUUCACAGCUAAAUCCUAUCUCACUGUACAUCAGAGAAUUCAUACAGGAGAGAAACCAUAUGAGUGCUGUGAUUGUAAGAAAGCAUUUGCUACUUUGUCAACUCUCAUUGGUCACCGGAGAACUCACACAGGAGAAAGGCCCUAUGGAUGCAAUGAAUGUCAAAAAGCCUUCUUUCGGAAGUCAGCUCUUCUUAAUCAUCAGCAAACUCAGCAUAGAGGAAAAUUCUCUGUGCAAUGACUAUAGAAAUGUGAGAAAUAGUUUUUGGUUAGUCCUAUAUGUUCAGAGAACUCAUAUAGAAUAGAAAUGCCAUGAAUGCUGUGAGUAUACUAGACCUUUAUGGAACUUCUAUAGGAAAUGAAUGUUGUAAGCCUUUCAUCUGAAGACUCUUCCCAGUAUACCACAAGGGAUCUUAUCAAAAGAGAGAAACAGAGAUGCAGUGAUUGUCAAAAAUUUCAUUUGAAUUUCAGAGGCUAUGUAUUUAAGAGGCAACACCUGUGGAUGUAGUGAAAGAGGGAAAACAUUCUUUUCAAAUCACAUUUUUAUACAUUAGGGUGUUCAUUUGGGGGAGGGACCUUGCAGUUGCAGUGAGUGCAGAAAGCCAAGAAAAAUCACCUCUUGUUGUACAUAAAAAUUUUAGGAAUGUUGUGAUGAUGAUAGCAUUCUCUAGAAAGUAAAAACUCUUUUACCAUCUUGUACAGGAGAAAGAUCCUACAGAUGCUAUGAAUAUGGUAUGGUCUUUCUAGUUAAUGCAUAUCUUCCUUACAUCAGCAAACUUAUGUAGGAGGAAAACUCUAUUCAUGUAUUAAAAUGUAGUAAAAGCCUUCAUCUGGAUGUCAAAGCCACUAAUUUUCUGCAAACUCAUAUAAUAGAUAAAUCCUUUGGCCCCAAAACUCUUUGGAUACCAAGAAAGAAAUGUCAUUAAUUGCAGUGAUUAUCUAAAAUGCUUUAUUUACAAAAAAAAUGCUUUGUUUACAAUUCAGAGCUUUUUAAAAUAAUUUUGUAUUUUAUUGAACAGAUCUAAAUUUCACAUUUUCUGAAAUGUAAAGCAAAACCAGGACUUUAAGAAUGUAGAAUAGUAAGGAGGGUGAAGUCAUAUUCACACAUUUAGUGAGUAGUAAACUAGAAAGUACAUAAAACUUUGAGUUGGAAUCAGAGGAAAACUUGUUCAGGACUGAAGGAAGGUACUUGGUUUCUUAUUACAAAAAUCUCCCAUCGACUGAAGGCUACAUAAAUUUAAAAAAGUGUCAGUUUAUGAGGAAGAAAGACUUCCUCUGAAUUGCACAAAAGCCCAUUAGGCAGGAAAAUUGGCCAGGAUAGAAAAAUGUGGGCUGUGGGGGCAGGGUUAUAGAGGGAGGCCAAGGCUCAGAUCCAGGACCUGUAGGUAGGAGCAGGCUGAGAAGAAGUCUGGAAGUAGAAGUUAGUGCAGAUCUUUCUAAUUGCUCUCUAACUCAUGUAGCAGAGAAAUCCUAUUCUCUGGGAACAAUUUCCAGGUUCAGUUAAGUUAUGAAAUCCUUAAGGAAUCAUACUGUAUAUUAUAGAAAUACUGUGAUUAUGGUCACUAAAAAUGCUUUCUGUGGAGGAUUGGAUAUCAUUAAGCAUCAUAAGCUCUACACAGCAAUAAAUGUGGCAAAAGCAUCAAUGAUUAAUUGUGUUUUAUUUUUGUAUUUCUGGAUUUGUUUCUUUACAUCUGACUGUAUCUUCAAUUGUGAUGCAUGUUAUAUUUGAUGGAAUGUCAUCAUUUAGUUGUUACUACUUUUCUAUGUUUGAUGGCAUUUUAGAUUUGGGUAAUUAGUUAAAUUCAAAACUAUAGAAUGAAAUUAUUUUGUAAGGGCUUAACAUAAGUGUUUUAGAAAGGAUUCCAGAGAAUAUUCUACUACAAAUAUUAAAUACUUUCACUGCAAAUAUGAUGCCAUUUGAAUAUAUGAAAAAAUAAGAAUAAGUUGAAUAGUGAUAAGGGUAUGUAGGGGUUAUAUUGUGGACUACACUAUAUAACAUUGACUUUAUGUAUUUGACUUUAUUACUUUGUGGAAUUACAUGAAGGAAUAUAAUUUUUAGGGUUUAAUAAAUUCUCAACAUAGACAUAGAAUAUUAGGUAAUAAAAUCUCAUGUAAACAGGAAUGUUCUAUUUCCUUAUAAAUCAGAAUGUCUUGUAAUAUAUAUUUUGACUCAAUAAGAAUUCUAAAGAAUUAGACUGCGUAAGUUUGCUCUCCUUAUUUUUACUGUCUUUUGUAAUGUUUCUGCCAAGUGUGAUGAUCCAUCACUCCUUGAAACCUCCUUAUUUCUUAAAUAUGCAAAAGUGAUAAAAGGUUUACAUGAAGUACUAAAAAAUAAGUAACAUAUGAGAUGAAAGGGGAGAAAAGACUUGAGUUUAUGUGUGCAACCAUGUAUAUUUAUUGUAAGUGCUGUAUAAUGUAGGAACUUUGAAUUUAUUAUGAAAACGUAUCCUGGGAACUAGGAACAUUUUCUCUGUUAGCAUUUCCUAAAAUGCCCAAUAUUUACCAAUGUAAAAAAUAACAUUUUAGGGUGCCUGGGUAGUCAGUCAGUUGAAUGUAUGCUUUUGGCUCAGGUCAUGAUCCUGGGGCCCUGGAAUUGAGCCCGACAUUGGGCUCUAUACUCAGUGGGGAGUCUACUUUUCCCUCUACCUCUCUCUCCCUCUGCCUCUCUCUCUCUCAUGUGCUUGCUCUCUUAAAUAAAUAAAAUCUGUUUUAAAAAAUAACAUUUCAGAAAUUGGAAUUCUUGAACAUAGCUUGAAUGGAAAGUGGUUCAGUUGCCUUGGAAAACAAUUUGGCAGUUCCUCUAAAAACUUAAACAUAGGAUUAUCAUUGACCCUGGAAUUCCACUCCCAGCUAUAUUUUCAACAAAAUUGAAAGCAGGUACUUCAGUACUUGUACAUGAAAUGUUCACAGCAGCACUGUUCACAAUAACCAAAAGGUGAAAAUAAUCCAAGUGUCUGUCAGUGAAUGAAUGGAUAAACAAAAUGCAGUGUGUGUGUGUGUACAAGUGAAGUGUCAUUAAAUGUUAUAAGCCUCAAAAAAUGUUAAGUGAAAGAAGCCAGACACAAAGGAUCACAUUUCAUAUUCCUGUUUAUAUGAAAUGUGCAGAAUAGGUAAAUCUUUAGAGAUAGAAGGCAAAUUGGUGGCUACCAGGGCCUGAGAAGAGGACACAGAGACUGAGUAAUGGUUAUGGGUUUGCUGUUUUUUUAGAAUGAUGAAAAUAUUUUGAAACUAGGUGGAUGGGGAUCCCUGGGUGGCGCAGCGGUUUGGCGCCUGCCUUUGGCCCAGGGCACGAUCUUGGAGACCCAGGAUCGAGUCCCACGUCAGGCUCCCGGUGCAUGGAGCCUGCUUCUCCCUCUGCCUAUGUCUCUGCCUCUCUCUCUCUCUCUCUCUCUCUCUCUCUCUCUCUCUGUGACUAUCAUAAAUAAAUAAAAAAAUAAAAGAAACCAG